ACUUAUUUAAGUUUGCAGCACAAAUGAAUGUCAUAGUGUCCGUUUUUGGUUUCUUAAACUUAAAAAAAGCAGAAAAGAGGGUGAAGUCAAUUAUUUGCAAUCCGAAGUCAAAGACACGCAUGUAAACUCCCAAUCUAAGCAAGCGUGGUGUGUAAUAAGGAGCCGAUCAUAUGUGGAGGAGCUGGUGAGCGGCUUCAGCACCACGGACAGCGCCGCGCAUCGUCAAACCGCAGCGCGGCACCUGGAGGAGCUCCUGAAAGUAGAAGACGCUCCUCAGCUGAGCGCAGCGCUCCCGGAGACGCACGGCUGACGUCCACGCCGCUCUCCUCCUCCACACACGAACACGCGCAGCCAAACAGAACACGUCAGCUGCCGGAGAGCGGGUAACAGUGAUUUAAAUGCGGGCAGAGAGGGAAGGUGUCUGCUUGAGAUAAGAGCGACUCUGGGAGGAGUGAGUCACAGACUGCCACACGGUGGAGCAAAACCCGACCAAACUUUAUUCAGUUAUUUAUUUAUUUAUUGGCCAAAUUCCCCCCUCCCUCCCCAAAAACCACCACCCCCUCACAAACUAAGAUAGAAAGUUUUGAAAUUCCCCCUUAAACUAUUUAUCAUGCUUGAUUCUUCGCUUUGACGUGCCUUUUUUCCAAACAAGUUUUGCUUUCAGCAACUCUUCUUUUUUAUAUUAAAAGAGAAAAAAAAAGCAAAGAAAAUGUAGUUGAGGCCGUGGCCUCCCGCUGUGCCACCGCAGUGACACGGACUGCCAUGCUGGUGUCCAACGUGAGCCUGAGCGGCUGUGCGGAGUUCAACAGCGCUCUGUGCGCCGGAGCCGGGGAAGGGCACCUGGGGGGCGGUUCAUACCGGACCACCCUCAGCCCGACAGGACACCUGGUCGUGGCCGUGUGCCUCGGCUUCAUCGGUACUUUCGGACUGGUCAACAACCUGCUGGUGCUCGUGCUCUUCUGCCGUUACAAGAUGCUGCGGUCUCCCAUCAACCUGCUGCUGAUUAACAUUUCCAUCAGCGACCUGCUCGUGUGCGUGCUGGGGACUCCGUUCAGCUUCGCGGCCAGCACGCAGGGAAGGUGGCUCAUCGGAGAAGGGGGCUGCGUUUGGUACGGUUUCGCCAACUCCCUCUGCGGCAUCGUUUCCUUGAUCUCCCUGGCUGUUCUUUCCUAUGAGCGCUACAGCACCAUGAUGACCCCCGCUGAGGCAGACUCCUCCAACUACCGCAAAAUCUCCUUGGGCAUCGUCUUGUCUUGGGCUUAUUCCCUCCUGUGGACUGUGCCUCCGCUCUUUGGCUGGAGCCAUUAUGGUCCGGAGGGUCCAGGGACCACCUGCUCUGUCGACUGGACGGCCAAGACGGCCAAUAACAUAUCAUACAUCAUCUGUUUGUUUGUCUUCUGCCUCAUUGUGCCCUUCAUGGUGAUCGUCUUCUGCUACGGGAAGCUACUGUAUGCAAUCAAACAGGUGAGUGGGAUCAAUGUGUCAAUGAGCAGAAAGCGGGAGCAGCGAGUUUUGUUCAUGGUGGUUAUCAUGGUGAUCUGUUACCUGCUGUGCUGGCUGCCGUAUGGUAUCAUGGCUUUGCUGGCCACCUUUGGGCCACCGGACCUGGUCACACCAGAAGCAAGCAUCAUUCCUUCAGUCCUGGCCAAGACGAGCACCGUCAUCAACCCAGUCAUCUAUGUCUUUAUGAAUAAACAGUUUUUCAGAUGCUUCCAGGCCAUGCUGCGAUGUAAAGCUCCUCUACGAGGCUCCAGCGUCAAAAGCUCCUCUAAGGUUGCCACCAAGGGCAUGCGGGGGGUGGCAGUGACUGGUCCCCGGCGCACCAACGAUUUCCUAUUUUUGGUAGCCUCACUGGGUCAACCAGCCGCCGCCGUGCCCCAACUGGGACCAUCGUGUGAACCCACCAAUGAUAUCACCAAAGCCCACUCCUCAGACAACAAACCUGUUGUGGUGUCACUAGUGGCCCACUUUGAUGGUUGACAACUACCUAUGUUGUUAUGAAGCAUCACAGCUUUUCAAGUCUUCAACAUAAGGGGGGAGCAGCAGCCUGGCUGUGCAUGUGGCACAAGGGCUGCUUUUGCGCCAAAUCUCUCUUGGCUAGAGACGGAUUGAAAACAAAGAGAAGCAUUUGGGAUGUCCCUGGAUAUUAUUUGAGACAGUAAACCCGCAGAAGCCGAGUGUCUCAGUGAAGUCGGGAUUGCUGAAUGGAUCUUUCUUUUAGACAACAGUGGAGUGACUCUACAAAAACAGAAAAAGUAUUUCUUAGAGGUCAAGAAAGAAGAACUGAGUGUAUUUUUGUAACUAUUUCAUUUUGACAAGUCAAAUGAUUAUAAAAUAUGUUUAUUGUAAUAGAUUUAUAAUUCUUAUAAAAUAUUGAUGAGUCCAAAAAUGAAGAGUUUAGAAAAUAAAAACUUCUAGUCUACUCUAA